UUGCUGGAUUCAUAUUUGUUUUAAAGGAUUUUAAAUAGUAGCUAUUUUAAAAACAUGCUUCUUCUUUUUAUGAUAUAGGUUGGAGACUAGAACUUGAAUAUUUUGUAGGGGAUGAGUGGAAGCCCCACCCCCCUCACACACACAUCCAGACGGUCGUCUUUUACAGGUCAGGCAGGGCCUUCAAGGUCAAGGCCAAGUUUAAAGUGAGGAGCCUGGCCCUCCCUGAAGGGCUUGUUCAAGCGGCAGAGAUAGACACAGUGCCUAUUUAAACAAACCGUCCAAGUUCAAGGCCUCUGGUCUGCGCCUGUCAUCACAGUCAUACACUCUAAAAGCAUAAAUACAGCCGGAGGGCAAAGCGACCAGUCUACAAAAUACACAAAUAAGACCAUUGGGUGUUGUUGAAUUCCGAUGGCAUUUGAUAAAAAACAAUAUAAUUUAUUUACCCAAAACCCUUACUAUUUCACCCCUCCGAAAUGUUGCUUCAGUUCAAGUUCCGACAGCGCCGUCGUGCUUCCAGAGAUAUUACCAGAGACAUGCCCUCGUGGCAACUACUGUGCCCAGGAAAUGCCUUAAAGGACUUACUGUUAAACUUCCUGCUCACUUGUAAAACUCCAUUACGAGACCACGUUGAAAUAAGCUGGUUACAUGUGAAAAGCCUCCCGUUUUUCAAGAUUGAAAUAAACCAACAUACAACUUCAAGCUUAAUCAUAGUCUACUCCGGGAAGUCAAGUAGCGGAGGGCAGGGAGUCUCCAGUCACCUCCUUGUCGCAUGCUUACAGUGAUAAUGGGGAAGAAGACGCGUGCCCGCGCAUGGCCUUGCUAGCCGGAGUGGAACACAGCCGGCGGCACAGGACCGCGUUUACGCGCGAGCAGCUGUCCCGUUUGGAGCAGGAGUACGGAAAAGAGAGCUACGUGUCCCGAGCUAGACGGUGUGAACUGGCAGCUGCGCUCAACCUCCCCGAGACCACCAUUAAGGUGUGGUUCCAGAACAGAAGGAUGAAGGAUAAGCGACAGCGCCACAGCCUGAGCUGGCCGCACCCACUGGACCCGAAUCUGUGUGCCUUUAUGGUGAGUCAGGCAGCCGCAGGGCUCCCAUACCACCUGCUGCCUCAUAUCCCUCUACAGCUGUACUCUCACCUGGGUAUGGGAGGCAUGCCCCCCCUCUCCAGUCUGUCCAGUCCCUACAGUGCUGCCUCCGUAAGACCACCGGACACUUUACGCCUUCCACACUCUCCUUACCCUAGGUUUGGUGGGGCUCCAUCUCCUGUACUUUAUCCCUCAAUACACACAAUGCAACACCCUCCAGCCUGUCCCUGCCCCUACUGCCUGCACUGGGGACCAGACCAAAUACUUAAGGCCAGAGGUGGAACCAGUCUUGGACUGAGUCUGGCUAGCAGCCCAAAACCUACAGCUGCACUAUUAGAAUGCAGAGAAGAAGUAACUUUGCCUCAGUGAAGGAAGUGACUUAUUUAAUAUUAUUUAACUUUAACUUAGACAUCUUUGUACAACAUUCUCUGUCCUAGUACAGAGUUCAGUGGAAACCAAACUGAUACUGGAACAGAGCUAAUCAAAGGCAUCUAAUGCACAAGAUGUGUAGCAGUGGAGCAAAACCUCUUCAGAAGGACAGGAGGUGACUUGAUCUCAUCCUACACAGAAUCAUAUUGCAAAGCAACAAUCAAAGCUAGAUUAAGGAUAAUGUCAUGUUAGUUUAAUGUUUGCUGAACUGUUUUAAGGUUACAUUUUUAUGACAUUUUGAAAAUAUAUUUUGUAAUAUCCUUGUCAUUAAAAAAAGGUGGCAUAUGAACACUGUAAAGGUAACUUGUGUAUAUAUUGGCUUCAAAGAAAGCUCUAUGACAAACGUCUAUUAAAAUA